GAGACCUUGAAGUGUAUGUUUGUGAAGUGUUGGUCCAAGGAACACAAGUCGCAGGCAGAAGGGGCACACAGAGGGAACUCUCGCUAAAAUCAGGUCAGCUGAAGGUGCAUUGUGUCCGAGUCCCGCCAUGCGUCAGGUGAUCUUCCUCCUCUCCGCCCUGCUUCCGCUGUCUCCCUCCUGUGGACAAGAUCCGUUCGCCUGGCUCUACAGCGGACGGCGCUCCUUGCAGGCAGACACCACAGGCGGCGAGUGUCCCCCCGAGUGUGACUGUCCUCCCACCUUCCCCAUCGCCAUGUACUGUGACGGGCGGGGCCUGACGGCCAUGCCCACCGUGCCCUCCCGGAUCAAGUACCUCUACCUCCAGCAUAACGCCAUUGCGGCUGUGUCAGACUCUGCUCUGCUCAACGCCACCGAGCUGAGGUGGCUCAUGCUGCACCACAACCUUCUCACGGCCAGCGCCAUCAGCCGGAAGGCCUUUGUGAAGUUGGAAGGACUGGAGCGUUUGUAUUUGCAACACAACAAUUUGACCCACGUCCCUGAGAAUCUCCCUCGUUCCCUGCAAGACCUGAGGAUGGACCACAACAGCAUCCAGCAGGUAACGCCUUCAGAUCUAGCCGGAAUGGAUAACCUCACCAUCCUGCAUCUCCAUGACAACGCUAUCACAGACAUGGGUGCGUCACUACAGUCUCUGGCGUCCCUCACACUGUUGGACAUCAGCAACAACAAGUUGACUAAGGUCCCAGGGGGUCUCCCCGAGCAUCUCCACCAGCUCUACCUGGACGCCAACUCCAUCGCCUCUCUGUCCGAGGGCUUCUUGGGCGGUUUGACACGGCUACAGUACCUGCGCUUGGCCCACAACCAGCUGACCAACACGGGCGUGCCCUCCGGCGCCUUUAACGUGACGGCGCUGGUGGAGCUGGACCUCAGCUUCAACAGGCUGGAGAGAAUCCCUCCAGUCAGCCUCGCCCUGCAGCAUCUCUACCUGCAGGCCAACCAGAUCAAAGAGUUCACACUGGGAAGUUUCUGCAACCUCGUGGACGUCAACAACUUCUCCAGACUGCAAACUCUGCGCCUGGACGGCAACCAGAGCUCCCAGGACAUCCCGUCCGAUUCGUCGCUUUGCCUGCGCCUGGCUCCAGCAUCGAGGUUUAAACGCGCCACACAGCCUCUUCAAAGUGCUUGA